UGUGAUGCAGUACAGAAGGGCUUUCUGACAGACAUGGAGAGCUCUGUUGAUCAGGUUCGCUGGGGGUCUUCAGAAGUGAUGCCCACCUACACGUCUGACUCUAGUUUCCUGCUCCACGGUGAGGAGGCGUCAAUAUUCCCCUGCACAGAUGCAGAUCACAGCGGCCUGCCAUCUCUAUUCAGCAGCCCUGUCCACAGCCGGCCGACUGCAGCCUUCCAGCACAGCCCAGUGUAUCCCAUUUACUCGUCUCCAUUCCUGGGAAAUCUGUCCUGGCUGGAAGGUUCAAGCGGCUCCUCUCUAACCAACUAUUUCCCAUCAUCCCCAUCAUCCUGGCACAGCAGUGCGUUUUCCAAAGCGUCCUCAUCCUCCUUCAGCAGCUCUUCUGCCCGGCCGGAGCAGAAGGAGAGCGUGAAAGGAGAGCGCUCAAGUCCUCCUGGAGGUGGACUGUUUCCUCUAAAUUCAUCGCUGAGCGGUGUGUAUCCGCAUUCACACUCCACAAAAACACACUACAGCCCCUAUGGAGGACACACGCAAGAUUACAGCAGCUCGCUUCUCUACGCACCCGCAACCUUCACACCCAAACUCUGCAGCAAGAUGAACUUCUCCCCUUUAGAUGCACGUGAGUGUGUGAACUGUGGGGCCACUGCCACCCCUCUGUGGCGGCGUGAUGGAACAGGCCACUACCUCUGCAAUGCCUGCGGACUGUACCAUAAGAUGAACGGACAGAACAGACCCCUCAUCCGACCCAAAAAGAGACCGGUGGUCAGUAAGCGAAUAGGAACUCAGUGUGCGAACUGUCAGACCAGUACAACCACACUGUGGAGACGUAACUCCAGCGGGGAGCCUGUCUGCAAUGCUUGCGGACUCUACUUCAAGCUUCACAAUGUGAACCGACCGCUGGCUAUGAAGAAGGAAGGCAUUCAGACGCGCAACCGCAAAGUGUCCAGCAAGAAUAGGAAAGGGAAGAAGUUCAGCACCAUGGAGGAGAAUCUGUAUUGUGAUUUUCCCAAGACUCCUGCGUGUGAUCAGCAUUUUGACAUGUAUUCUCAGAGUCCAGCAGCUUUGGGGGUUUACAGUCAUUCUGGGCAAUCCACUGCCUAUCUGCCUUACCCAUACCACUCCUCACCGGCUGUCCUGCCCAGCACUGUGUGACUGAAACUGACCAGAGACCAGGGGCCUCAUGUACGAAGACUUGCGUGGAAAUCUUACUAAAACAUUGCGUACGCACAAAGCUGUAAAUGUGCGUACGCAGAAAAAAAUUCAGAUGUAUGAAAC